GCCUACUUGGUGGCCAACGAUUUUCGUUUCAGAAGGAUGUUCCAGGCCAUCGAAGAUGAACCUGAUGUGGCAAUGCUGGUGAAUGACGUGGGCAGUGUGAAUAAUCCAGAUUUCGAGCCUCUCUCCAGCCAGCUGUACUUUAUGUUGGUGCUGGCAAUGCCAGAGGACAGCACGGGCGAGAGCAUCCUCUCCAAUACACCUGAGGGAGAGGGCGCCCUGGCAUGGAAGAAGCUAUUGAAUGAGUACUCUCCCAAUGAGCCAGGGAACAUAGUCGGACAGUUCAGGAAGAUUCUAGGUACGGUGUUCCCCAAGGAUGCGGACAUUGUCACGGAGAUCAUGAAGCUGGACAAGGAGAUCGCCCGCUACGAGAAAGCUAGUGGCGAGACGGUCUCGGCGAACGUCUCUCGAGGCAUCCUCCUGGGGGCUCUCUCAGAGGAACCUGACCUCCAGAAGCACUUGUUCCGCAACCUUCGCAGUUUGCCCACCUACGCCGACAUGCGAGCGGAGGUGGUGAACGCCCUGGCAGCCCAGAGGAGUGUGAACGACGACGCCAUGGACAUAGGAGCGCUCAAGGGCGGCAAGUCGAAGGGCGGCAAGGCGAAGGGCGGCAAGGACGGCAAGAGCAAGAAAGGUGCGACAGGUGCAGGGCCAUCGUGUGCCGCGAGCAGCGCGAGCACCAUCCCUGUCGGGCUGCGAGCUUUGACUUCGAGCUCGGAGGCCACGUCCAGCACCCUAGCCCCCAAGUUUGUUUUCGGGCUUGAGGCGAUCGAGGCCGAGGAGAGGCAUGUGAGCAUCGCAGCGGUCAGCCACAAGCCGAAGGACGCGAUAAUGAUCGACAGCGGUGCGCAGAUCUCGGCGAUGCCCAGCCAGAUGGUGUACGAUGCAGGCUACAUGAUCCAGAGGUCGAAGAUCCACGAGCUGCAUGCGAUCGACGGGAGCAAGGUCCCCCACCAUGGCCGUACCGACGUCAAGAUUCGACGAGGAGAUGCAGUCUUGCAGCUGGGUAUGGAGGUAGCCGACAUCGAGCACCCCGUCCUCUCCACAGAUGCCAUCACGAGGCGAGGCCAGUCAGUCUUGCACUCGCCGAUGGGAGACUGGAUCGUGGAUGCUCCGAUGCUGCCGCCCGACGGCGCCGAGGUGAUCAAGCUGAAGAAGGAGCGCUCGGCCUGCUACUUGGAGUUCGACGAGCUGCUGAAGGACGGCCAGAACGCCGAGCAGAGCAAGGUCAUGGCUGCUCUCCGACCGCAGGAGUCUGAGGAGUCCGUGGGCAUCUUGGCUGCAGCCCGCAAGACGCUGGCACCCUCGACUGUGCCGACAAGUUCGUCUGCGGCUCUGCCUCGAGCGCUUGGACCAGACCCCUCGGAGAACGUCACCCUGAAAGCGAAAGAGCUCACGAGACCAGGACAGCCGACGGCGCAGGAGAGGCGUGCCCAUGCAGCACACCACCUGCCCUUCAGGCCCUGGUGCCCCGAGUGUGUGAUGGGGCGAGGCCGUGAGCGACCUCAUCCGAAGCAGCAGGACAGCCCUGAGCUCGACGCGGACCAGGUGCCGAUCGUGGAGAUGGACUUCUUCUUCGCAGCUACUGACGACAUCGCUAAGAAGUACCCGAUGCUCCACGGCUUCGUUGUGAAGCUCGUCGAGGCCAAGCGCAUCCCCAGGGACGAGAGGCGCACGAUGAUCCCUGUGCUGAACAUCGUCGACGGGAGGUCGAAUGCUAUGGGCACACUGAUGACGAACAAGACGGUUGGGCAAUACAAGACUCUGUACGUGGCAAAGCUGAUCGACUCGACCUUCAGGUUCGCUCUGGAGAAGCGGUUGGAAGUCGCGAUCGACGCCGACCACCCGAUCCUACCCUUCGUGACGAACGCGAUCGGCUGGUACAUCACACGAUUCCAGCCGCGGGAGCACGGAGGGUCCUCCUACAAGUUUCUCUUUGGCAAGGAGUAUGAUGGAGAAGUCGCCGAGAUCGGCGAGCAGGUUAGGUAUAGGAUCGCUGGGCGGGUAGCCAGCGGUCAGGGCAAGUUCGAGGCCCGCUUUGCUAAAGGCGUGUGGGCAGGCAAGUCGGCGUUCGACGACCAGCACCUAGUCGUGGACUUGCAGCGCGGGCUCCUCAAGGUGCGCACGGUGCGUCGCAUGCCCGAGGAGUUCCGCUGGUCCGAGGACCUGCUGAGGCAGAUCAGCGUGACGCCCUGGGACCCCACGCCAGCUAGGGCCAAGGAGAUUGCGAGGCCCAAGGGCCUCUACAUCACAGAGAGGAUGAUUGACAGACAUGGACCGACUUCAGAAUGCCUCAAAUGCUCUACAGGACGAGGACAGCUCUCCGACGCUUGCAGGCAGAGGUUCGAGCACAUCGUCCAGGAGGAGCUCGAGCGGAGGCUCAAGACUGAGGGAGCCUCGCCGGCGACACCAGCGCCGCCAGGAGUGGCGCCUGGCACGCCAGUGCCAGAGAGUGCGCCUGGUCCCAGUCAGCGCUCGCAGCCUGAGGACCGAGCGCCGGGCGCGCCGAGGCCAGGGGCGCAGGUGCAGGAGGCCACGGCAGACCAACCUCCAAGGAGCUCUGUCGGGAACAUCCCCGACACGCCGAUGGACACCAAGGACGACGCGACUCGCAAGCACCAGGUCGAGGCUGCAGAGACCGAGGACCAGGGCGGCAAGCGACAGAGGAUCGAGCUUCUUGGUGUCAGGCCUGAGGUGACCGUCAUCGCGGGCUUGUCUGUGUGUGAGCUCGCGGUCUGCGAGGCGGACGACUCCGAGGAGUACGACCCCGUCUGGGACCCGAUCCCCAUGCCAGAGAGCCGAUGCGACGGCAGAUGCCCAUCACAUGGAGGACGGUGUGCGCUUCGAGCUGACCACCGUGGGGGCUGCGCCUGUCGGCUGUGCCUGAUCCACGCUGCGCGCGCCGUGGAGGCCCCGAGCGCAGUGGUGGCGGGCCUGUACAGCAUGUGGGCGGACGGUCUGGAUGACGAGGUCGAGACCCCGCAGAUGGUCCACUACGACUACUGCUCAGGCGAGCCGCUGGACGAGGAGCUCUACCAGGAGGGCAGGCGCGACGAGCUGGAGGCGAUGCGGGAGUACGGUGUCUACUCGGAGAUCCCCAUCUCUCAGUGCCAGCCUGGGGGGAAGCACGUCAGGGGCUUCCCGAUCGCCCACAUGAAGGGCGACAGGGUGCGCUGGAGGUUCGUCGCGACCGAGGUGAACGACAAGCACCGCGAGGACAACCACCAGGGCACGCCGCCGCUGAUGGUCAUCAGGUUGAUCAUCUCCCUCGCAGCGUCCAAGUCCGAUGCUGACGGUGUGCACCGUCGGCUGCUGCGUGUUUGGGAUGUCCGCAAGGCGUUCUUCAAUGCGGACUUGGACGAGCUGGUCUACGUGCAUCCAGGCUGGGAGCUGUGUCCAAAAGGCUUCUGCUGGGUUCUGCACAAGGCGAUGAACGGGACGAGGAAGGCCUCACAGCUCUGGGGCGAGACGAGCAAGGCAGCGAUCGACGACGCGGGAGGCAAACCGCUGAAGGGCACAGCUGGCACCUACCACUUCGAGAACCUAGUGGGUGACGGCAUGGACGCCACGAUGUGCUGCCACGGUGAUGACUUCCUGGCAGAGGGCCACCGCGACACCCUCGACGCCAUUGGCAACUUCCUGGAGGCGAACUUCGAGGUCACCGAGUCCGAGAGCAUAGGCCCAGGUUACCCAGGUGAGCUGAACAACUUGAAGCGCAUAGUGGGCUACACGAGCGAGCUGCCCGAGACCAGGAUGCCAGGCUUCUACUGGAGUGCUGAUCCGAAGCACGUGGAGGAGCUCAUCCGCUGGGGCCACAAGUCGGGCUCCAAGGCUGCGCCUACCCCUGGAACAAAGGCUACGGGGGCAGGCAUGAGGAAUGCCCUGGACCCACUGCCCGUGGCCGAGGCCAAGUCGACCUCGUCAGCGGCGGGACUGAGCCUGUAUGUCUCGAGCGACAGGCCUGAUGCUAUGUUCAGCUCCAAGACGAUUAUGCAGCACGUCAGUAAGCCAAACGUCCUGAUGAACGCACGCCUGCACCGCCUGUGCAGGCACUACGAGGGCGCACCGAGGCUGCUGUGGUGCUAUGAGCUCCAGGACUUGCCAGAGGUUCUGCGAGUGGACGCGGAUGCCGACUGGGCGUCUACGACUAGCCUAUUCAGGACGUCGACCUCUGGAGGAGUUGUUCGUUUCGGAGGCCACACGGUCGAGGCGUUCGCAGUCUGCCAGGCUACGCAGGCGUUGUCGUCGGGAGAGUCUGAGUUCUACGCCAUCGGCAGUGGUGCCGCACGGGGCUUGCAGGCGAAGCACUUCCUCGGAGAGGUGGGUGUCACCGUGCGCCUGGUCGUGGCCAGCGACAGCGCUGCAGGCAGAGGGAUCUGCCAGCGCCACGGCGUGGGUAAGGUGCGCCACCUCGAGCUGCGGUACCUCUGGCUACAGGACCGCGUCCGACUGCGACAGCUAGAGUUGAUCAAAGAGGCGACCACGGAGAUGGUCGCGGACAUCCUCACGAAGUAUGUGGAAUCAGAGACCCUGUACAAGCACAUGGCGACCAUGAACCUGCGGCUCGUGCCGCUCGGAGCAGUGGUGGUGAGCGCGCUGCUGCCGACGGCGCGCGGCCAGGAGACGGAGGCGGGCGCCAAAGGCGCGCCCUGGCUACUGAUCGUGAUGGCUUUGAGCAUAGCGCUGCUGUCUUUUCUAGUAGGCUGUUGUGCUGGAGCCCGAGCGUGCUCCACUGCGGUUUGCUACGAGCGUCCAGAGACGCUGAUUGAUGACAGUGCAGCUCCUGAGCACACCGCAAGCGACGGAGAUGCGAGAGUGCAGCUAGUUCUUUCAAGGCUGACAGUGCCUGACCUACGAGCUAUGGCUCGUGCGAACAAGAUCGGCCUUGGGGUGGGCUACGUGAGGAAGCAGCGCCUGAUUGAGAUGAUCAUCUCGGCUGGCGCGAGCCCUACCGUGGAGCAGGCAGAGCGCCUAGAGAGCGUUCGUGCCGUUCUUUCCAAGGCUGGUCUGAGUUGUUCUGUGGAGCCACGCCUCCUGCUCACGAAGCAGGUGCUGGAGAGUCAUUUGGUGCUGUUGGAGACGGCUUGCACGCCGUUGCGGAAGAUCUCGGAUUGA